UGCUCCUGCUGGCGGGCUUAUCAUUCACCAUGAGUACUGAGCUGAAUGUUCCUGUAGACCCUCCUGCCUCUUCCUGCUGUUCUGAGCCUGCUGCCAAAGGUAUGGACUACCGGGACUGGGUCCGUCGCAGCUACCUGGAACUGGUUACUUCCAAUCACCAUUCCGUUCAGGCUCUCUCAUGGCGGAAAUUGUACCUGAGUCGAGCCAAACUGAAAGCUUCCAGCAGGACCUCUGCUUUGCUCUCUGGAUUUGCCAUGGUGGCCAUGGUUGAAGUCCAGCUAGAGAUGCAGUACCAGUACCCUCAGAUGCUGCUGAUCGCCUUCAGUGCCUGCACCACCAUUUUGGUCGCCGUCCACCUCUUUGCCCUCCUCAUCAGCACUUGCAUCCUGCCCAAUGUGGAAGCGGUAAGUAACAUCCACAACCUGAACUCCAUCAGCGAGUCCCCCCACGAGCGCAUGCAUCUUUACAUCGAGUUGGCGUGGGGCUUCUCCACCGUCCUGGGGAUCCUCCUCUUCCUUGCUGAGGUCGUUCUCCUUUGCUGGAUCAAAUUCCUGCCGGUGGACGCUGUUUUGAAAAAUGACACUGCCGUUGUCCAAAAGCCGAGGAGCCAUACGGGCUGGCAGGCGGCCUUCAUCUCCACCAUGAUCAUGGUCCCCGUGGGGAUCAUCUUUGUUGUCUUCACCAUCCACUUCUACCGGUCGCUUGUCCGCCAUAAGACGGAACGUCACAACCGAGAGAUUGAAGAACUCCACAAACUGAAAGUGCAGCUAGAUGGGCAUGACAGGGGACUGCAGGUUGUGUGAUGGACAGACACGUCUACCUGCCUGGCUGGAUGCUCAGCAGAGUUUUAUCAUAACAGGAAUGAAUGAAAACAGAUGCAGAGUGCCCCUCAAGACCUAUAACUCUCAGUCGCCAGUCACGUCCUGUUUGAUGGCUUUUUGUAGGUCUGGACGAUCCACCUUCUCUGGUCUUUUAUGUCUGCAAAACACUGCCAGGUUGCUAAAGCUGAAGGUGUCAUCUGCAUCCACAUGGUUAUCUGAAGAUGGGCUUGCCCUUUUGAUUCCCAAAUUGUUAAAACAGAUUAGACUGUCCUUUACAAUUGAUUUCACUUUAGUACAGUAGGGUGAGUGUUUUGGGGUGUUGCUUUUUCUUUUUCUUUUGGUGGAGGGGGCAGAACGAGGAAAGAACCCCAUGCCGUCCAGAGCUUACACAUUGGCAGUGAGUUCACACGCUUUUUCAGAGAUGAAUUGUCAGACAGCAGUGUGUGCACUCAUCCUAUGGAAAUCUGCCAAAGCCCAUGAAAUAUAGUCACUUGGCAUCUUUUAUAAGGGGGUUCACUUGGAAUAAUGAUGGGGAUGAACAUUAUAGCAAUUUGUGCAAGCUUGUUCUUCUUCCAUUCAUUUUGUUAUUGUGCUUGUUCCAUACAGUCUCGGUAAGGGCAGCCUUCCCUAUCCUGUUGAAUAAUUCACUGAGAAGGGAAAGAAAAUCUUGGGGGGUCAAGAAGCUCCAGCGCUGUUGAGUAUUUAGAGCUUCUGUGUAUCCUUGGAAAGGCCGGAGAUAGCCUAGUUAGAAAAAGAGGAGAGGAUUUUAAGGAGCGAUGUGUAGAAUUUUACUAGAAAAGACUCACUUUCGGGCAUGAUAACCAAAGUCUGUGCACUAGCAAGGAACAAGGACCCUACGGACUAGCAAGAAAGGCAUCUAGAACAGGCACAUCCUGAUUACAGGGACAGCCCUGUGGCACAGUCCGUGGCACUGCAGAAGAUUGGAUCGAGGAGAUCCACACUAAAUGAGCCAAUACCUCUAAGAUGAAAACAGCUGCCAUUAUCUGC